AUGAUAGCUCUUAUGGGUUCUAAUAUCGAAGUUAUGGUUGCGAUUCCUAAUAUCAUGAUGGAUAGGAUUAGUAACGAUCCUAAAGUCGCUGAUGCUUGGGUUUAUCAAAAUUUUACCACUUACUUGUUACCGGAUGGUGUCAAUAUCAAGUAUGUUAUUGUAGGAUUGGGUACAAAGAUAAAAGUCAUUGUUCCAUUCAAUGCUGACAUCUAUUAUUCACCAGACGCAAAUCCAGUAUCGUCUGCAGGGGAUCUAAGACCUAAAAUACUAAACUCUAACAUAAUUUUUGAGGCUCCCAACUAA